GCGCAGACUGGGCCGGACCGCGCGCCCCAAGCGGGUAGCGUCAUGAGGCACCUGACCUACUUCUGCUGCGGCCAGGUGGUGCGGUGCUUCGGUUGUAGCUCCACGCAGCUGGUCAUCCCCACUGCUAACUUUCCUCUACAAGUAGUAGAUAAUCUUGCAGCUGAUAUAUACACUGGCAUUUAUUAUGGUUGGGCAACUUUUGGAAGUGAAGAUGUCCAUAAGAUGGUGGUGAGCAUGGGAUGGAACCCAUAUUACAAGAAUAUGAAAAAGUCCAUGGAAACUCACAUUAUGCAUACCUUCAAAGAGGACUUCUAUGGGGAAAUGCUCAAUGUGGCCUUCGUUGGCUACCUCAGACCAGAAAAGAACUUUGAUUCUUUAGAGUCACUUAUUUCAGCAAUUCAAGAUGAUAUUGAGGAAGCUAAGAAACAAUUAGAAUGGCCAGAACAUUUGAAACUUAAAGAAGAUAAUUUCUUCCACGUUCCUAAAAGCAAAAUAAUGAAUGGCCACUGCUGA